AUGGAGGCAAGAGAAGACGAGGAGCCCAUCACAUUCACCCCAGCUGAUAGGGGUGAUAUAAUACUCCCGCAUGACGAUCCCAUGGUAAUUUCUGCAACUGUCGCCAAACACCCUGUCAGUAGAAUAUUGGUGGAUAGCGGCAGCUCUGUUAAUCUGAUCUAUUGGAAUUGUUUCGAGCAAAUGCAUAUAUCCCCUGACCGAUUGAAAAGAGUAUCAUCUUCCUUGUACAGCUUCACUGGGGAAGCUGUCUCAGUGGCGGGAUCUGUUCAACUACCAGUCACAUUGGGCGUCGACCCUCAAAGUGUGACUCGACAGUUCCCCACGCUCUCAAGAGUGAGGCAAGUUCGUGGAGAUCAAAGGAAGGCGAGAUCCUGUUAUGUGUCAUCUACAAAAGGAAAAAUGACAGAAGAGACUUUGUCUAUUGCUGAGAAAGCUAUACACAAAUCCUUAGCAGAAGAGAUUGCUCGCAAGCCUCAACCAGUGGAAGAGUUAGAAGCAGUGCACAUAAGCGAUACAGACCCCGAGAAGUUGGCGUAUGUUGGCACACAGCUUCCGAAAUCGGUAAAAGAAGAAAUCGUGGAGUGCCUAAGAAAAAACUUGGACGUCUUCGCUUGGACACCAAAGGAUAUGCUAGGGAUCAAGCCAGAUGUGAUAUGUCACCAUCUGAAUGUGGACCCUCAGUUCAAGCCUGUCCGACAGAAGAAAAGGAAUAUUGCCCCUGAUAGACUGUCAGCAUUAGAAGAUGAAGUUGAUAAGCUACUAAAGGCAGAUGCCUUCUCGAGGUAUCAUCAAAUAAUGAUGUAUCCUCCGGAUCAGGAGAAAACAUCGUUCAUUACAGAGAAAUGGAUAUAUUGUUACCAAGUUAUGCCCUUCGGGCUAAAAAAUGCGGGGGACACCUAUCAGCGCAUGGUGAAUAAAGUCUUCAAAGAGUUAUUGGGUGAUACCAUGGAGGCCUAUGUUGAUGAUAUGAUCAUAAAAAGUCGGGAGAAGGAAUCGCACGUGAAAAAGCUGGCGCAAGUGCUUGAAGUCUUUAAGCAAUACGAAAUGCGACUAAACCCAACAAAAUGUGCAUUUGGAGUUCAAUUUGGAAAAUUCCUAGGGUAUAUGAUCACACAAAGGGGGAUAGAGGUGAACCCCGAAAAAAUUCAACCGAUACUGGAUAUGGAACCCCCAACAUCAAUUAAGGAAGUGCAGCGACUAACAGGUCGGAUGGCGGCUCUUGGACGUUUCCUCUCCAAGUCAGCCGAAAGGGAACUCCCGUUUCUUCAGACAUUAAGGGCGGGAAAAAAGUUUGAGUGGGCAGAGUAA